AUGCCAAAAAAAAGGGAAAAUUUUUCUCAGUCAAAUUUGACUGCUGCUGUUGAAGCAGUAGUCAAUGAAGGCUUGUCAAAAAAGUUCGCAGCAAAAAAGUUUUCUGUAUCAAGAUCUACAUUACAAUACAGACUAAAAAAUCCUGAUCAAAAAGUAUCAUGUGGACCAGCUCCUGUAUUAUCUGAGGAAGAAGAAAAAACAUUAGAAAAAUGGAUACUGGAAAGUAGUCGGAAAGGAUUUCCUCAAAGAAAAGAUGAUCUUUUAAUUAGUGUGAAACAAUAUCUUGACAAAAACGAGCGAACUACUAUUUUUAAAAAUAACUAUCCUGGUAUUGGAUGGUACAAAUCUUUCAUGAAGCGUCAUCCAAAUAUAUCUGUCAGGACAAGGGUUGAUACUUCUGAUAAUCUGAUCUAUAUAGCACCUAGAGGCUUAGAUGCUAGAGAUAUUUAA